CUCUCUAGUCCUAUCAUUCUCAAGAAGUAAAAGAGAGAGAGAAAGAAGAACAAAAGAACUAAAACAAGAAACUUUGAGAUAUGUCUCCGUCGAAAGCGGAAGAAGUAGUCCAACAUAUCCACCCAUUAACGAAAGUUGACGGGGUUGGAAGGUACAUAUGCGAUGGCUGUAAAACCGAAGGCUUUGGGAGGACCUACCGUUGCUCCUCUUGCAACUACGAUCUUCACGAGUACUGUGCCACGUGUCCGCCUACCCUCCUCAGCAUGUAUCAUGCACAGCACGAGCUCCGGUUAAUCCACGACAGACGUGGGUGCGACAUCUGCGACGAAACGACCGACGGGUUGUUUUACCAAUGCGAGCCUUGCGGCUUCGACGUCCAUCCUCUCUGCACCCAGCAGCCUCCGAAAGUGAGCCACAGUACAGAUCAAGGUGAGGUUCAAGAACUCAUUGAGGUUCAAGAACUCGGUGAGUUUCAAGAACUCGGUGAGGUUCAAGAACUCGGUGAGGUUCAAGAACUCGGUGAGUUUCAAGAACCCCGUGAGGUUCAAGAGCCCUGUGAGGUUCAAGAACCCGAUGAGGUUGAAGAACCCGGUGAGGUUGAAGAACCCGAUCCGGACAGACUAAGAAAAAGGGAUGUAAUGUAUAUAGGCGCUCGAGUUGCCUGGGCUUGUAUGACGGGGGAUGUCGCUGGGGUCAUAUCUGCCUUCCAGCUUUGAAAUGGCAUGUUUAUAACAUCCUGCCAUUAUUACACCUAUGUCCCUUAUUUCUCUAUCUUUUCUGAUCGCUUUCUUUUUCGUUUUAUGCAAUGUAAUUUUUGUUGUCAACUGUGUUUUAUAAACUAUAUUAAUUUUUUUUACUUUGGCGGGACAUGUUAAACUAACGGCCAAUGUUCAAAAGUGAUCGAAUGAUUACAUGUUCAAUAUUAUUUAAAGGACAAACGGAGGAGUUCUUUGGCAGCUUUAUUUACACUUUCAACAGUACCAUAGAAGAGAGGAAACGCUCUGGGAUGAUAUUCACAAUAAGCCAUGGGUGAUCAGUGGAGAUGCGAUCUUAAUUGGUGCAACAAAGGAGAAAAUGCCCUAAUCUGUAAGAAGCGAUCGGGUUUUGACUUUGAUAAAUGACUUUAAAAAUUGUAGAUAUACAAAUACAAAAUGCUUAUAUUUUCUAAAAUUAACUACUUUUUAUAAAAUUGAUUUCUACUAUUUUCUGUCAAAUAUGCUUUAUGUUAAUUUUGUUACUAUUGUGCUAGAGCAUGAAAAAUUAUAAUGGGUUUAAUUUAAAUAUUUAACAUCGAGCCCUACUCCUUUUUCUUUUAGAACUUACAAGUAAAGAUGGUUCAUGAAAAUUGAGAAUGUUGCUUCUAAUAUGAGACGUAAAAAUCAUCAUGCAUGGGUGAUGGCUAUGAUGUAUCUGAUUGUGAUCACAAAAGAUAGGGAAGUCAAGUUUAGGUGAGAGUCUGGGUUUGCGCCAUGCAUCGAU